AUGCCAUCCCGCGCGUCAUCAUUCGCUCGUCCGCCCGCGCGCGACCGCGCACGCGUCGCGCGCGCACCUCUGGACGCGCGCGGGACCGCUCGCGACGCGUGCGCCGAGUGGGCGAAUGAUCAGACGUCGGGGGGGCCGCUCUGUCCGUACGACUGUUCGAAUAACGGCGAGUGCGUGAACAGUGGGUCCGCGAGUGGGGAUGAUACGAAGUGCGCGUGCUCGUCGACGCCUUUCGCGGGCGUGGCGGGCUCGCUCGCGCCGUUCGGGAACGCGUGUCGCGAUAUGUAUCGCCACUACGGGACCGCCACGAGCGCGACUCCAGUCAUAUCGCUCGAGCCGGGAAAGUUUUGGUACGGUUCGUACGAUUUGUCGGGAAUUUAUAGAUACUCUGGUGACGGGGUGGAGAUUUCGUUCAAUU